AUGUCAAAUCCACGUGUUUUCUUUGAUAUUACUAUUGGUGGUCAACCAGCUGGUAGAAUUGUGAUGGAGUUGUUUAAAAACAAGACUCCAAAGACUGCAGAAAACUUCAGAGCAUUGUGUACUGGUGAGAAGGGUGUUGGAGGUUCCGGUAAGAAGUUAUCGUACGAAGGAUCAAUCUUCCAUCGUGUCAUUCCACAAUUCAUGAUUCAAGGUGGUGACUUUACAAACUUUAAUGGUACCGGUGGUGAAUCAAUCUAUGGCGAAAAGUUUGCUGAUGAAAACUUUGAAAUUAAGCAUACCCAAAGUGGAUUGUUGAGUAUGGCCAAUUCCGGUCCAGCUACAAAUGGAUCACAAUUCUUUAUUACCACUGUUCCAACUCCACAUUUAGAUGGUAAACAUGUAGUAUUUGGAAAGGUUAUUAAAGGAAUGAAUGUUGUUAGAAAGAUUGAAGCAUCACCAACUACUAGCGAUAAACCAAAUAAAGAUGUCGUCAUUGCCAAAUGUGGUGAGUUGGCAGAGGGAGAAGACGAUGGAGUACCAAAGAAGGUAUCAGCUGAUGGUGAUCAAUGGGAAGAAUAUCCACAAGACGACAACAUCCAGGGUGACGAAGAGAUGUUCAAAGUUGGUGAAACUCUCAAGAACAUCGGUAACACCUAUUUUAAGGAGAAUAAGAAUCAAGAAGCUAUUGAUAAAUAUGAAAAAUCAUUAAGAUAUUUAGAUUGUGUUGGUAAAGCAGAUGGAUUGAAACAAACAGAGAUCUCAUGUUAUUUGAAUAUGGCAUUGUGUUACAACAAGUUAGCCAAAUACUCUAAUGCCAUCGACUCGUGUAACAAAGCAUUGAAGUUGUCACCAAACGAUAUCAAAGGUUUGUUUAGACGUGGUAAAGCUUAUCUCUUGAAGAAAGACUAUGAGGAAGCCAUCGAAGACUUCCAAGCCGUUUUGAAUAUCGAGGCUGACAACAAGGAUGCCAAGGCAGAGUUGGCAAGAGCCAAUCAACUUUACUCACAAGAAAACAAGAAGAAAGCAAGUGCCUACGCCAAGUUCUUUGCCGGUGAUAAUUAA